AUGGCUGAUCGAGCAACUGGACCUCCGGGUGGGGAGUCCAGCCGACAAAGAGCAGGAUAUUAUACCCUUCGAGUCUUAUCACUACCUACGGAACCUUUAGCUAUUCAGCCAAAGGAACCACUAUACUUAGGACUCUCAAGCCUCUCGGAAGGACCAGACGACGAGAUGUCGGGCAUCUCAUUUGACUUAAAUAAGCUAUUAUACGCAAGGCUCGACAGUGAGAUUACGGCUCGAGCAAUAACAAAAUCAGCUUUUACUAAGGACAGCGUGCAAAUUUCCGUGCUUAGCUUCAGCAACCUGAGGAAGGGAUCUAGUACCCUUGAACGUACUAACAAGCUCUUUAAAUCCUUCAACAAGUUACGUAUCGAUAAAAAGGAUAUUAAAAGUAUAAGAAUCGCUAAAAGCGUGCUUAAAGCAAUCUUAACGAUAACCGACGAAGAAAGAACGGAGGAGAUUAGCAAGAAGAUCGAGGACACGGAUACGGAAAGGGACCUCGGAUUCGGAAAUGAGCCUCUUAAAGACUUUAAAAGAAGACGGACCACCGGCAACUAUAUCGGUAACCUUUUACCGAUCCGACUAUUAGCUAAGCACGGCACGUAUGCGUACGGCACUUUAAGCGCCUUUGACGAUAAUAAAGAUGAUUUCCUUGAGUUAAGAGCAGCAGACCUUUAUUUAAGAGCAAAAGAAUUAGCUUUAUUCGCACGAAGCUUCUUUAAAGAGCUAAAUCGAUACGGUUUGACUUCCGACGACUAUUUAGCGGCAUUCUUGAUUAUGCUUACAAAAGAGGCUAUAACCUUCUAUUAUAAUCACGUCAUCAAGGCUAGGCUUUCGACUUUUAAAGCAAACGCUAUUGCACUCGCUAAAGAGCUUAAAGGGAUUCAAGGCUCUUUACGACCAGGUUUAAAAGAUGAUCGAAGUCUUGCUAAUAAGCUGUAUUCAGCUUGUAAAAACGUGCUAAAGACUACGAUUGCACGAAUGAAUCUUGCUUUUACUUUUACCGCCGUAAUUGCCGACAUUCGUAAGGCUAUUGCAUUUGCAACUAAGACCUUUCGACUUCUUGCUAAGACUAGAGCUUACGCGAGCUUUAACGAGCUACACGAUCAUACUUGCUCUUACAACACCUUAAAAGCUGACUCCGAUUUAGACGAGAAAUACGAAUGCUUUAUUCAAGACCGCCAAUACUUCGGAAGUAAGAAAGCUACUAAGGCUAUUAAAGGUGAGAAAAGGUGUUUUGUUUGCAAGAAGCCAAGUUGCUAG